AUGGAUUGCGAUAAUCUCCUGGAAUGGAUGUCACGCUUCAACAACCAACUGAACAACAUUUGCGAAAAGGUCAACAAUCUUCAAGGCGACCUUCAGAUCCUUCGUCACGAUGUGCAACGACUAUCUUCUCAACGACACACAAUUGUGAGGGCAGAGGCCCCACUCACGCCAAAAACACGAGGAAAAGUGAGGCUUUACUAUCCGGAUGGGACAAAGUCUCCUCCCAUACCAUAUGUAACGCACAUCCAAUUCGCCUUUUUUAAGAACGGCAACAACCCGAUGCCUCUCAAGUCCUUGUAUCAAUGGUUGACACUACACACGGAUGUCCAUGAUCUAAACAAGUCAUCAUGGCAGAACAGUGUCAGGCACAACUUGAGUCUCAACAGUGCUUUUUGGAAUGUCAAGGACGAGAAGGUGUGGUACGUCGAUCCAAACACAACCGUAGCAUUGCUACACAGUGAAUAUUGGCAGUACUUCCUUAAGGCUUUCCCUGGCUUUAUGGACGAUACAAACUUGUCUGUGCACCCGGCACUGUUAGAACAGCCAUCAACGUCGCACAAUGCCAGAUUUUAUCCCUUCGAAAAGGACCUUCUCGGGGGAAAUAUAGACGAGGCCAUUUAUAGAAAUAUCUUGAAUGAGCUAAGCACGUGCGAUCAGGACACUGAUGGUUCUAUGAGCCUGGUUACGCAGAGUCACGGUUACCUAUUAUGA